AUGGCGGCGUCUCGUCGUUCCUCGCAGCAGCAACAACAGCAAAGUACUUUGCAGUCUCCGCCGAGAAACAGCUUCAUUUCAGGCGCUCCCGCGGCCUCUCCGCCGAUGUCUCUGCUGACCUCCGGCCCUGUACCCCCGGAGAGCGAGAGGGAAUGCAGCGGAGGGAUCGAGGCGGCUGUGGCCUCCCCGGACUCACCCGCCGCGGUCCUAGCGAGCAGUACGAGCUUCACCAACACCACCUCCACCUCCGGCGGCGGUAGCGGCAGCAGCGUCUCAAGCCCCGGUUCCGCAGCCGCCAGUCCCACCGACGGGAGCAGCGGCGUCGGCGGGGCGUUCAGGGAGUUGUUCGAGGCCUGCCGCAACGGAGACGUAUCCCGGGUUAAGAGACUUGUGGACUCCGUUAACGUAAACGCGAAGGACAUGGCUGGAAGGAAAUCGACUCCCCUUCACUUCGCUGCGGGUUUUGGUAGAAAAGACGUGGUGGAGCACCUCCUGCAGACGGGGGCCAAUGUUCAUGCCAGGGACGAUGGAGGACUUAUCCCCCUACACAAUGCCUGCUCAUUUGGUCACGCAGAAGUUGUCAGCCUCCUUUUGUGUCAGGGGGCAGACCCCAAUGCUAGAGACAACUGGAACUACACUCCGUUGCAUGAGGCAGCCAUCAAGGGAAAGAUUGAUGUUUGCAUUGUGUUACUCCAACACGGUGCUGAUCCAAACAUCCGCAACACUGAUGGAAAAUCUGCUUUGGAUCUAGCCGACCCUUCAGCCAAGGCUGUUCUCACUGGUGAAUACAAGAAGGAUGAACUUCUAGAGGCAGCAAGGAGUGGAAAUGAAGAAAAGCUGAUGGCACUGCUGACUCCGUUGAAUGUCAACUGCCAUGCAAGCGAUGGCCGUAAGUCAACAUCCCAAAAAAUGCUGUCUACACCACUGCAUCUGGCUGCCGGCUACAACCGGGUCCGCAUCGUCCAGCUCCUUCUGCAGCAUGGAGCCGAUGUUCACGCCAAGGACAAAGGAGGCCUUGUUCCACUUCACAAUGCCUGCUCCUACGGUCAUUUUGAGGUCACAGAGCUUCUGCUGAAACAUGGAGCAUGUGUGAACGCCAUGGACCUGUGGCAAUUCACUCCUCUCCACGAGGCAGCAUCCAAGAACCGAGUAGAGGUGUGUUCCCUGCUGCUGAGCCACGGGGCCGAUCCCACCUUGCUAAACUGUCACAGCAAGAGCGCGGUGGACAUGGCUCCAACUCCAGAACUUAAAGAAAGGCUCACCUAUGAGUUCAAAGGUCACUCGCUGCUACAGGCAGCCAGAGAGGCAGACAUGGCAAAAGUGAAGAAGACGCUGGCUCUGGAGAUCAUUGGCUUCAAACAUCCUCAGACCAAUGAGACUGCUCUGCACUGUGCAGUGGCUUCCCCACACCCCAAGAGGAAGCAAGUGACUGAGUUGUUGCUGCGCAAGGGUGCCAACAUCAACGAGAAGAACAAAGACUUCAUGACUCCAUUGCACGUUGCUGCUGAGAGAGCUCACAACGACAUCCUGGAAGUGUUGCAGAAACAUGGAGCAAAGGUAAAUGCUGUGGACACGCUGGGUCAGACUUCUCUUCAUAGAGCUGCACUGGCUGGUCACAUCCAGACCUGCAAGCUGCUGCUGAGCUACGGGGCCGACCCCGCCAUUGUGUCUCUGCAGGGUUUUACCGCUGCGCAGAUGGGUAAUGAGGCUGUACAACAGAUUCUCAAUGAAAAUGUCCCCACGCGUAAUUCUGACGUGGACUACAGAUUUCUGGAGGCAGCCAAAGCAGGUGAUCUGGACACAGUACAGCAACUUUGCACACCCCAAAACGUAAACUGCCGGGACUUGGAGGGCCGCCACUCUACUCCUCUUCACUUUGCAGCUGGUUACAACCGAGUGGCUGUCGUUGAAUACCUUCUGCACCAUGGAGCUGAUGUCCAUGCCAAAGACAAGGGUGGUCUGGUUCCCCUCCACAACGCAUGCUCGUACGGUCACUAUGAAGUGGCUGAGCUGCUGGUCAGACAUGGAGCGUCGGUCAAUGUGGCCGACUUGUGGAAAUUCACCCCACUUCACGAGGCUGCAGCCAAAGGCAAAUACGAGAUCUGCAAACUGCUGCUCAAACACGGAGCCGACCCCUCAAAGAAGAACCGUGACGGCAACCAGCCGCUGGACAUGGUGAAAGAUGGAGAUACGGACAUCCAGGACCUGCUGAGGGGUGAUGCCGCCCUGCUGGACGCCGCCAAGAAGGGCUGCCUGGCCAGAGUCCAGAAACUUUGCUCCCCUGAAAAUAUCAACUGCAGAGACACACAGGGGCGCAACUCCACCCCACUCCAUCUGGCUGCCGGGUACAACAACCUUGAAGUGGCCGAGUAUCUUCUGGAGCAUGGAGCUGAUGUCAACGCCCAGGACAAAGGAGGCCUUAUCCCUCUUCAUAAUGCUGCCUCUUAUGGGCAUGUGGACAUCGCAGCCUUACUGAUAAAGUACAAUACGUGUGUGAAUGCUACAGACAAAUGGGCUUUCACACCCCUUCACGAGGCAGCGCAGAAGGGUCGUACACAGCUCUGUGCGCUGCUGCUGGCUCAUGGAGCCGACCCCACAAUGAAGAACCAAGAGGGUCAGACUGCUUUGGACCUGGCCACGGCCGACGAUAUCCGGGCACUGCUGAUGGACGCUAUGCCCCCAGACGCCCUGCCCAGCUGCUUCAAGCCCCAGGCCACUGUGGUCAGUGCCUCAGUCAUUUCCCCCGUCUCCACGCCAUCCUGUCUGUCGGCUGCCAGCAGCAUAGACAACCUUGCCGGUCCGCUCACGGAGCUGGCCACCGCCGCGGCUGCCUCCGGGUCCUCCGGUGUGGCAGAUGGAGCCACAGGCACUGACCGGAAGGAGGGGGAGAUGGCCAUGCUGGACAUGAAUAUCAGUCAAUUCAUGAAGAGCCUGGGCCUUGAGCACCUGAGGGACAUCUUUGAGAGGGAGCAGAUCUCUCUGGAUGUGCUGGCUGACAUGGGUCACGAGGAGCUGAAGGAGAUUGGAAUUAAUGCUUAUGGCCACCGACAUAAGCUCAUCAAGGGUGUUGAGAGGCUGCUUGGUGGCCAGCCAGGUGGCAACCCCUACCUGACUUUCCAUUGUGCCAACCAGGGCACCAUCCUGAUAGACCUCGCUCUAGACGACAAGGAGUACCAGUCUGUGGAGGAGGAGUUGCAGAGCACCAUCAGGGAGCACAGAGACGGAGGCAACGCUGGCGGUGUGUUCAGCAAAUACAACAUCAUCAAGAUUCAAAAGGUGGUAAAUAAGAAGCUGAGGGAACGUUACACGCACCGCCAGAAGGAGAUCGCAGAUGAGAACCACAACCAUCACAAUGAGCGGAUGUUGUUUCACGGAUCCCCGUUUAUCAACGCCAUCAUCCACAAAGGCUUUGAUGAGCGUCACGCUUAUAUAGGGGGGAUGUUUGGAGCAGGAAUCUACUUUGCAGAGAACUCCUCAAAGAGCAAUCAGUACGUCUACGGCAUUGGUGGCGGCACAGGGUGCCCGACGCACAAAGACCGAUCCUGCUACUUGUGCCACAGGCAGAUGCUGUUCUGCCGAGUGACCCUGGGAAAGUCCUUCCUACAAUUCAGUGCCAUGAAAAUGGCCCACGCCCCCCCAGGACACCACUCUGUGAUUGGGCGGCCCAGUGUAAAUGGCCUGGCCUACGCUGAGUACGUCAUCUACAGAGGAGAGCAGGCCUACCCAGAGUACCUCAUCACCUACCAGAUCCUUAAACCGGAGAUCGCAGCCCAGUCUGCUGCAGGGAUUGAGCAGAAGUCCUAGUCUGUUUUAUGUCUUUCACACCCAGGACACUAUUUUCUCCUUUGUGUUGCAAAUGCCCAAACAGUUUUAUUUACCAAACACAUUUCCAGUCUCCUCUCCAGUAGAACCCAUGGUGACCAGUGCUUCAUGAGCAGAUAUGUUGUAUAAUACUCUCCUAUACAUGGUGGUGACACCCUUUGUAGUUUAUAUUUUUUGCAUUGGCUGCAUGUUAGUACAGAAGCAUGUAAAGCCCAAAAGCGUGUGUGGGUUAGGUCUCUCCCCCUCACCUCCUUAUCAAUCAGGAGGAUGCUUGUAGAGUCUGUGAAGUAUUGGCAUUAACAUGUUUCCACUUUCAUGCCUUGUAACUGCGCAGAUUCACAAUCUCACCUGUAUGUAUGUAUACACACUGUCUCACUAUCAAAGCCUGAAACCUGUGGAGUACUACUGCCCCACCGCAUCUGGGUUCAUCCUGUAUAGAAUGGCCUCUGGUAACUGUGAUUUUAUUGCUAACUUAAUACAACAGCUAACAGCGUAUUGUUGCUAAACUGUAAUGCUGAAAUUCCAAACGUUCCCCCCAUGAACACUACACACCCUGAACUAAAUUGUUUUAUUGGUUUUAUUCAGGACAUGCGGGAUGGAGAAAGAAUUCUCUGGACUGUCAAAUCACAAAUUCCGAGACUAUUUUAUUGCCAUUACAAUAUCAGUUUGAUUUGAGAGAAAAAAGUGUGCUCAGUAUCAAAGCAGAAAUGCAAUGUAAGGCAUCAUAAUUACGCAAUCCCAUACUAAAGAAACAAAUGUAUAUUUUAAAAGCAGCAUUUUUAUAUAUAUAUAUAUAUAUAUAUAUAUAUAAUGCUGCUUUUAAUGUGUGUGUUUUUAAAUGUGCUUGUGAUGCCUUACAAGUUAACACCUGCUAGCCAGCGUGAACUCAUCCAACACCUUUUCCGUCGCCAUGGUGUUGCUCAGACAUCCCAUGUUAAGGAUUUGCACUUUUACAUAGAAGCCUAUUUAAGUUAUUUUGAAUUUAAAAUUGCAAGUUUUCGGGAAAAAAUAUUUGUACAGGUUGUGUAAAUGGUUGUGUAUAACUGUUGCUGUUUAACAGUAUCUUGAGUUCAACUGUAAAUUACAUUUGAAUUUUCCUUUCAUGCCUUCUUGAUUCUCCCAACUUUUUCUUUUUUUUAAAUAAAUGUCCCAUUAACAGCUA